AUGGGAGCAUUCCUCAGGCCAGGAGAAAGGCAGCCUGGUGCAUUCGGCAUAUCUUUCGACAGCGAUCGAGACAAAAAUGCUGCUGUCGUGCCGACCUUCAACCGCAAUGAGAAGCUCGCCCUGCAGGAGCAAAGGAGAAGGCUUCCUGUGUUCCAGCACAGGCGCGAGAUCCUGUACCUGGUAGAGCAUCAUGCCACAGUCAUCAUCGUGGGCGAGACAGGCAGUGGCAAGACCACUCAGAUCCCCCAGUACCUGCUCGAGGCAGGCUGGUGCUCACAUGGGCGAAUGGUGGCGUGCACGCAGCCGCGCAGAGUGGCGGCCAUGACGGUGGCGGCGCGUGUGGCCGAGGAGACCGGCAGUCCCCUGGGCCAGGCCGUCGGCUAUGGGAUCCGUUUCGAGGACGUUUCCACUCCAGGGACGACGCAGAUCCGGUUCUGCACGGACGGCGUGCUGCUGCAAGAGAUGCUGCAGGACCCGCUGCUGACAGCCUACAGUGUGAUAAUGGUGGACGAGGCGCACGAGCGCAGCCUGGCGACAGACACGCUGCUGGGCCUGCUAAAGAAGGUGCAGCGGCGGCGACCGGACCUGCGAGUCAUCGUAGCUUCCGCCACGCUGGAAGCUGAGCGCGUGGCGGCUUUUUUCGACGCCAGCACCGUGCGGGGGGCCGCUGCCAAAGCUGGCGACCUCAGCAAGCAGCCCGCCAUCCUCUCUGUGGAGGGCCGGACACACAGCGUCCAGAUCCACUACCUGGAGAAGCCCUGCUCGGACUAUGUGCGCGCGGCGGUGCAGGCGGCUGCGGACAUCCACCGAGAGGACAUGCCCGGCGACAUCCUCAUCUUCCUCACAGGGCAGCAGGAGUGCGAGGACUGUGUGAGCAUGCUGGAGGAGGAGGCGCGCAAGGUGCGUGCGGGGCGGGCCGCCCUUCGGCUGAUGCCGGUGCCGCUGUACGCCGGGCUGCCAGCCGCCGCACAGCUGGCCGCCUUUGAGCACUCGCCCCGCGGCUACCGCAAGGUGGUCGUGGCAACAAAUAUUGCCGAGACAUCGGUGACGAUAGACGGCGUGGUGUAUGUCAUCGACUGCUGCCAUUCAAAGCAGGCCUCAUACAACCCGCUCACUGGGCUGGAGUCACUGCUGGUGGCGCCGGUGUCAAAGGCGAGCGCCUCGCAGCGGGCGGGUCGGGCCGGCCGCAUGCGCCCGGGCCACUGCUUCCGCCUCUGCACUGAGGCCGACUUCCAGGCCCUGCACGAUGCCACGGUGCCGGAGAUGCAGCGGGCAGAGUUGUCGGGGACGGUGCUGCGGCUCAAGGCGCUGGGCGUGGACAACAUGAUGACCUUCGACUGGCUCGCGCCCCCGCCGGCCGAGACCAUGGUCCGUGCGCUCGAGCUGCUGCACGCCCUCGGCGCCCUGGACGCCUCCGCCAGGCUGUCGAGGCCGACGGGGCAGCAGUUGGCGGAGUUGCCGGUGGAUGCGCGGCUGGGGGCGGUGCUGCUGGCGUCGGUGCGGCUGGGGUGCUCGGAGGAGGCGGUCACCGUGGUGGCCAUGCUCAGCGUGCACAGCGUCUGGGCCGGCGCCCACGGCGAGCGCAAAGCCCUCGAGGCCGCCAAAGCCAAGUUUGCGGUGGGGGAGGGGGACCUGGUGACCUACCUGAACGUGUGGAAGGCGUGGCAGGACUCGGGCCGCGACCGAAAGUGGGCCGCUCGCAACUUUGUCAACCACCGCACCCUCCUGCGCGCCGCUGACAUCCGCAGCCAGCUCUGCCACCACCUCAGGCGGCUGCGCAUAGCGCUGGAGUCAUGCGAUGCUGAGGUGUCGCUGCUGCGCAAAGCGCUGACAGCCGGCCUGCUCAUGAACGCGGUGCAGCUGGUGGACACCGCCAAUGACAUCAGCGACCCAGCUUCCGCCGGCAUCAAUGUCUACCGCAUCCUGCGCAGCACGGGACCGGGCCCGCCGCCCAAGCUGCGGAUACAUGCAUCGUCGGUGCUAGCGCGCACGCGGCCGCAGUGGCUGGUGUUCUGGCAGAUGCAGCAGAGCUCCAGCGGCUGGUUUGAGAUGCAGGAAGUCACUGCCGUCGAGCCGCACUGGCUGCCAGAACUGGCUGCCCAUGUGUACAGCCACAAAGGAAUUAGGAGCUAA